AUGGCUAAUAGCACGAGUCAGCUCGAAACUCUUACGGCAGCCGUUAAUUCUCUUCUCCAGCUUCAACUCAAUCGCCAGGGAGAAAAACAGGAAGAUCUAGCCCGUCCACACUCACCAUCUCAAAUCGAAAUUUUCAACCAUUUGAGUGCUCGCGUCGAGAAAUAUAGCUAUGGUUCGGGCGACGAAAUAAAGCCAUUCGAGAAGUGGUUACUUCGCUACGAGUACACCAUCGUCACGGAAACGGGUUGUUUACCGGCUGAAAUGCGAACACGCCUAGUUUUAAACAAGCUAGGUCAAACGGAAUUUGACAGAUUGGUGGAUCACGUUGCACCUACGGUUCCGUCUCAAUUAUCUUUGGAAGAUCUCCUUUCCAAGCUCAAGGAACUCUUUCGUGAUAAAGUGCCUCUUACUCGUCGACGUAUUGAAAUAUUAAAUUAUCGUGACAACGAUCAACUAAAGAAGAUUGCACUUCGAGUCAUUGAGAAGAAUCAAGAUGCUUCACUAAAGGAUGUCGUCGCAGAGCUAGAAGCUUACAUGAAUGUCACGUCAGGCAUGAAGACAUUAGAGAAUCCUGCGAAACCUCCGCAAACUACGGUAUUAAGUAUUACUCAAUCCAAAGACAAUCCAAAAAAACAGAAAAUUUCUAAGGAUAAAAGUUCGCCGAAAACCUCGUCUCAACCGGCGACAAAAAAUAAGUGCAAUGGUUGCGGCGGCAGCCAUCCUCGCGCUAAAUGUACUUUUCGCGACGCGGAGUGUUAUAAAUGUUCGAAGAAGGGCCACAUUGCGAAGAUGUGCCGCUCAAAUACAGAAGAUUCUAAAACACAACUUCAAAUAAAAAACGUUGCUAUACAAGCGCUCUCCGCGGUCGGUAAGCGCAGACGUCAUUAUAUUACGGCAUCUCUAAUCGGUAAAUCGGUAAAUUUACAAUACGAUACCGGCUCUGAUAUUACGGUUAUCGGUAAAAAUGAAUGGCUCCGCAUCGGUUCACCUAAACUUAUCACUAGCGAUAUAGUCGAACACGCAGGCGGGAGUGCAUUAGAGAUUAUCGGUAAAUUUUACAGUACAAUUACAGCACUCGGUCGUAGAGGCAAAAUCUAUGUACACGUCGCUUCUCGAGAUGACAUCAAUCUUUUUGGUCUUAACGCAAUUGACAAUCUCAACUUCUGGAACGUACCAUUGAGUAAGUUGCAUCCAGGCAGCUCAACAUCAAAUAAACAGCACGCCAAGCUAUCGAAGCUAACCGUAAGUACCACGGAGAAGGAUGUUACGUCACCACAUGAUGCCUAUCUCGAAGACGCUCUUGUGCGUUUUCCGAGUCUAUUCGCCGAAGAAUUGGGUACAUGUCACAACUUCAAGGUAAAGUUUAAUUUAGCAGAUAAUGCUCAACCAGUCCAGAAUUCGUGUAGACAGAUCGCUUUCGCCAUGGAAACUCUUCUCGAGGAAGAAUUAAAACGUCUCGAAUCUUUGGACAUCAUUGAACGAGUAGAAGCGUCAUCUUGGACAUCACCCAUCGUUAUUGUGAAAAAACGCAAUGGGAAGAUUCGUUUAUGCGCAGAUUACUCUACAGGAGUCAACCGUGCUUUGGUCGAUAAUAAGCAUCCUUUGCCUAUCAUGGAAAGUAUUUUCUCAAAAUUAAAUGGAAAUCGUUUCUUUAGCCAAAUAGAUUUGAGUGACGCAUUUUUUCAACUAGUGAUCGACGAAGAUCAUCGAGAAGUCACAACCAUCACAACGCCGAAGGGACUCUACAGAUUCAAACGCUUGCCUUUUGGUAUUAAGACGGCACCGGCUAUUUUUCAACAAGCUAUGGACGUCACAAUUUCUGGCCUCGAAGAAGUAUACGCAUAUUUGGAUGAUGUUGUCGUAACAGGUUCCACCCGUGAGGAACACGACGAUCGUCUACAGAAAACGCUUCAACGUCUACAAGAUUGCGGCUGGAAAUUAAGAGCUGUGAAAUGUCACUUUGCAGCAGAAGAAAUAAAAUAUCUGGGAUUAAUUGUAAACGCACGCGGUAUAUCUCCAGAUCCUGAAACUACGUCCGCUAUAGCUAACAUGCCAAACCCCACAUCUGUAUCAGAAGUACAGAGUUUUCUAGGUAUGAUCAACCAUUACGGUAAAUUCAUUCCUCAUCUGCACGAGAUGAAACAGCCCCUAGAAGAACUCACUCGCAAGAACCAUCAUUGGUCAUGGAAUCGAAAACAUAAUUCAGUAAUGAAGAAAAUAAAAGAGGUUAUGCUCAGUCCUCUCUUACUGGAGCAUUACGACCCCUCGAAGACACUCGUAGUGGCAGCGGACGCGUGUGCUACUGGAGUAGGCGGAGUACUAUUGCAACGGGAUGCACAAGGCUAUGAACGCGCUGUCUACCACAUGUCACAAAGCCUCACAGACGCUCAGCGAAACUACUCGCAACUCGAAAAAGAAGCGUUAGCACUUGUUACCGCCGUCGAACGAUUCCAUAAAUUUAUUUGGGGAAGAAGAUUUAUCCUGCAAACAGACCACAAACCUCUUGUAGCGCUGUUGCAGACAGAAAACACGAAAGGUCUUAAACCUACCACAGCAGCACGUCUCAAGCGCUGGGCAUUGCGACUCUUGGGCUACGAUUUCAAGAUAGAAUAUAUACGUACGCAAGAUUUCGGUCAAGCAGAUGCCUUAUCCCGUCUGAUCGACAAAUUUCGAAGAGACAACGCUGAAGAACUGCAAGUUGCCAGUAUCAAAGAAACAGAAAGUGAACUCCUCCAUUUAAAAAAUUCAUCGAUCGAUAUAUUUGGCAAGGAGCUUCGCAACAAGUUGAAGACAGCUUCUAAAGAAGAUCCAUUUCUUCGCUCAGUUUUUAAUGCCAUUAAAGAAGGAUGGAAGACAACAAAAAAUCCAAGUCCUUUAGAUUACUUCAGGAAACGUUCAGAAGAACUCUCCAUAGUUGAUGACACCUUACUCCUGGGCGAUAGGAUUGUCGUUCCAAAAAAGUUGCAGCCAACGAUCCUAGCAGCUCUCCACAAGGGCCAUCCCGGCAUUCGAAGAACCAAACAGCUGGCACGUGAAUAUGUUUUCUGGCCCAAAAUGUCAGAGGACAUAGAACGUCUCAUACGUCAGUGCGAACCGUGCGCACUAAAUCAAAAACUACCCGUAAAGGUUCCGUUAGAACCUUGGCCUGUUCCAUCACGCCCUAUGGAACGUGUACACCUCGACUUUGCAGGUCCAAUCGAUGCACAAUAUCUACUGAUCUUCGUAGACGCCUAUUCAAAAUUCUUAGAAGUGGCAAUUACACCCACAAUCUCUGCAAGACGCACCGUCGAUUUGUGUCACGAAAUCUUCGCUAGAAAUGGACCCCCGGAUAUAGUCGUAACAGACCAUGGAACACAGUUCACUUCAGAACUAUUUAAAAGCUUUUGCAAAGAUAUGCAAACGAUGCAUAUUCUUACCUCUGUGAAUCAUCCACAGUCAAACGGUCAAGCCGAGAGAAUGGUGGACACUGUAAAAAGAGCUAUUGCUAAAAAUCCCAGCAAUUGGAAACAACAGUUAUUCGAUUUUCUCUACAGUUAUCGCUACACACCAUGCUCAGCGGCUCCUGAAGGAAAAUCUCCAGCAGAACUCUUUUUCGGACGUCGCAUGAACACCCCGUUUACCAAAUGGCUACCGACUCCGAAAUCAAGCAGACCUACUGCGACAACUCCCACUGUAUCCAAACAACAAGCGAUGCAGAAGCAAUUCUCGAAACAUCACGGAGCUCGUCCCCGAAGCUUAGCGGUGGGAGACCGUGUAGUAGUCCUAAAAGGGAAGGACAAGCGAGUACAGGGUACCAUCCAUGGUGUCUUGUCAAAAAUCCGUUAUUCAGUACGCUUGGACAACGGCAAAAUAGUAGAUCGACACAUCAACCACAUCUGGAAAGGUGGUUCCGACCCUCCGAUCCAACCUCAGGAAGCAGGAGACGACUGGACGCUUCUGGAAACGCAGAUCCCACAGCCAGGAUCUCCAACCGAUCCGGCACUCUCCGAACCAUCACUUUCAACCAGCUUGAGUACUGUCGAGUUGUCAUCGAACUCGCCCGGAAUUCGAAGUCCUGCUGAUCAAGAUCCAGGUCCGGCUAUAACCGAAGCAACCCCUGCUAGACCCAUUCGUAAUCGAGCCCCUCCAAGACGGUUAAAAUUAGAUCCAGCUGCCAAAAGCUAUACCGAAUG